GAGUAAGCGCGAAGCACCCACAUAAUCGGAAUAUCAGAUAGCGACAUUAAUUUGUCGAUGAUUUCAGAACUUCAUGCGACUCCAAAAAAAACCAAGACAUAUCAAAAAUCGUUUAAUCUAACCACUGCAAUCGGAAUUCACCAUCGCCGUACCUGAUAAAGUAUCUCCGCAAUCCAACUCACGGACAAAUUUCACCGAGAAGCUGCUCAGAAGCUCUCUCCGCUGUUUUCCUUUCCGUAUCUCCAAGGACGAAGGACGAAGGACGAAGCCCACCUCCUUCGCCCCACCAAUAUUCCCUCCAUUCCCUGUAUCAUUCUCUCCCUUCAAUUUUGACGCCUUACGGCAUCCCAAUUCCGCACCCUUUCUCUAUCCUCUGCCCAAUAUGGUAGAACCAAAAGGGUUUCACGGAAAUCGGCGUUCCCAAUUCAGUGGGAUUCUCAAUGGAAUUUGCUUGUCAGUGUUGCUUUUUUUAUUGUACAAUCAGGGGAAUUCUCUUCAGAAUCCGUUUCUCCUUAAUUCGCCUUCGCCUUUGACUCUCACUCAACAACGGAGCUUGAGAGGCAGGAAAAUUUCUGAAAUUAAUGGUACUACCUCUCGCAAUGAUGCGACUGUCAUCCCGCAUACUGAUCCGAAAUUGUGUGCUGGGUUGUUUGAGCACAAGGAUUACAGUAAUCAUUGUGAGUAUUUGAUUGCCCAUCCUGAGUGCACUUCAGGUGGCUUUUUCAAUUACAUUAGGUUUUUCUUUUGUGAUUGCCAUAAAUUUGCUGUUCUGGGGUACAUAAUAUUGGGCCUGUGGCUGGUAGCUCUAUUUUAUUUGUUGGGAAAUACUGCCGCCGAUUACUUUUGUUGUUCCUUGGAGAAGCUAUCUUAUCUGUUGAAGUUACCGCCAACUGUUGCGGGUGUUUCUCUGCUGCCACUGGGGAAUGGGGCCCCUGAUGUGUUUGCUAGCAUUGCUGCUUUUGCUGGUAAGGAUACAGGUGAAGUGGGUCUCAAUAGUGUAUUGGGGGGUGCUGUUUUUGUUACUUGUGUUGUCGUUGGUACUGUCUCUCUUUGUGUUGCGGAGAGGAGGAUUCAGAUCGAUAGGACAUGCUUUAUUAGAGAUAUAUGCUUCUUUGUAUUUGCGCUCGUCUCACUUGGUAUAAUUUUGAUUGUUGGUAAGGUGACUGUUGGGGGUGCAGUAGCAUUUGUUUCCAUUUAUGUGAUUUAUGCACUUGCAGUCGCAGCUAAUGAGAUUUUGAAGAAACAUGCCAAGAGACUGAGAUUGGAUGCUGUAAUACCCUUGCUUCCUGUUUUGGAAAGUACAUUAUCUCAUGGAAGUGAAGAUGAUGAAUCCGUUUAUGCAUCACUACUUGACUCUGACUCCAAAAGUGAUGUACCACAUCUCCAAAAUAAGCUCCCUCACUGGAUGUGGUCUUCACAUGUAGCAAUUUAUUCUAAUGAGUUUGUGAAGGAGAAUCCAGAUGGCCCCAAGGAUGUGUGGGGUUGGAAUGAGGAGGAAACAGUGAAUGACAAAUUUUCCUGCUCCUGUUUCAGAUUUUUUUGCUUGCUGGAGAUGCCAUUAACACUCCUGAGAAGAUUGACAAUUCCUGUAGUUGAGGAGGAAAGGUGGUCGAAAGGUUAUGCAGUUGCCAGUGCUACAUUGGCACCCAUUGUUUUGGCAAUUUUAUGGAAUACCCAAGAUGACAUUGGUAUGCUGAACCGAGAAAUUUCAUAUUUCCUUGGUGUUGUUUCUGGUGGCGUCCUUGGUGUUCUUGCACAUUUGUACACCGAAGAUGAUCAACCACCCCGGAAGUUUUUACUUCCAUGGGUUCUGGGGGGAUUUUUUAUGAGUAUUAUCUGGUUCUACAUUGUUGCAAAUGAGCUUGUUGCUUUGCUUGUGGCAUCAGGUGUAAUAUUGGGAAUUAGUCCAUCACUCCUUGGCAUAACUGUACUGGCAUGGGGAAAUUCUAUGGGUGAUUUGAUGUCCAGUUUUGCACUGGCAAUCAAUGGCGGAGACAGUGUGCAAAUUGCAAUGUCAGGGUGCUAUGCAGGUCCUAUGUUCAACACACUUGUUGGGUUGGGACUGCCAAUGCUGCUUGGAGCCUGGUUUUCGAGGCCUGAAUCUUACAGAGUUCCUGAAGAUGGCAGUUUAUUAUAUACAAUUGGAUUUCUUGUGUCAGGGCUUAUUUGGUCACUCAUUGUGUUACCACGGAAUGACAUGCGCCCUAACAAGAUGCUAGGAUUUGGUCUCUUAACCAUCUACUUGAUGUUUCUAAUUUUCAGGCUAAGCACAUCUGUAGGUGAUGAAUCAGUGGCAGGAUUAUCUUAAUUUUUGCAUUGUUACCAGCAGAGUGGCAAUUGGUAUUCUUUAACCCCCAGAAAUACUAAAUUUUGAUCUGGCCCAGUUCUUCUGUAUUUCAUAAACUCUGUUGUGAUAUCUUGUGUAGCGUUCAAUUAGGAUGGCAAUGUAAAUGUCCAGAAUCAUGUCUCCUUGCAAUAUUAAGCUCAGUGAGAAUAUAUAUAUAUCUUUUCAUGAUAACAAAUAUGAUGGUUCAGCUGUUA